AUCACACAGACGGCUGUUUUGCAGGCGAACGAGGACGAAAGUGGUUAGCCAUUAUGCCUUAUAAAUAUAUAAGUUUCGACGGUUAAAAAUUUGUAGUAACAUGUCCGGAAUGUUAGGUUUCCAUUCUAGGGAAGCCAUCCGUGUUAAAGUUAAGAAAUGUGAAGGAUUAUUACCUCCAGAAUAUAGGAAAUUCAGUGUAGAUCCUCAGAUAACUUCAUUUGAAGUUUUACAGUCUCUUUUAGCUAGAGCUUUUGACAUUAAAGGGGAAUUUACUAUUAGCUAUUUAGCUAAAGACGAGGAAGGAUAUGACACGUAUCUAUCUCUUUUAUCUGAUUGGGAUCUAGAUGCUGCUUUUCUUGGUUCUUCGGAUCCUUGUCUUCAGUUAAAGGUGGAUCUCAAGCCUUUCGAAGAAGGCUUAGAAGAUUGGGAUGUCAUAUCUCCGUUAGAUAUUCCAAGAGCCCAGGUAACAGGGCCUACUGCCGAUAGAGCUGGAUUAAGAGGAGCCAUUCUUAAUCAUAUGGAAAAAACUUUUAUCAUGGUUCAGAGAGCAUUGAAUCUUGGCGAUGCCGAAAACGAAGCUAUUAAACCUCUUAAACCACCCGUGUCGGAUAUCGAAUUUCACACUUAUCUGGAUGGUGAUGGUCGUUUAUUAAAACCAAAAGAACUUCGCUUAUCAGUGUAUAGAGGAGGAAUCGAACCAUCUCUUCGAAAAGUUGUUUGGAAACAUCUUCUCAACGUUUAUCCCAUAGGGAUGACUGGAAAAGACAGGAUAUCGUAUAUUAAACAAAAAAGUACGGAAUAUCAAAAGUUGAGAAGUGUAUGGCAAGAUAUGGUCGGUGGUGGUAAUGUCACGGAGGAAAUACAGUAUGUUACUAAUAUGGUGAGAAAAGAUGUGCUGAGGACUGAUCGAACUCAUAAGUUUUAUGCCGGAUCGGACGAUAAUAAAAAUGUAGUGUCUCUUUUUAAUAUCUUGACAACUUAUGCACUUAAUCAUCCGAGCGUGUCAUAUUGCCAAGGUAUGAGCGAUCUAGCAUCACCAAUUUUAGUUACAAUGAAGGACGAAUCACAUGCUUAUGUUUGUUUUUGUGCAUUAAUGCAACGUCUAAAAUCGAAUUUCUUUUUAGAUGGGAAAGCCAUGACGAUAAAAUUUCAACAUUUAACUGAACUACUUGAACAUUAUGAUCCGCAAUUUUUCGAAUAUUUAAAACAACAGGGUGCAGAUGAUCUGUUGUUUUGUUACAGGUGGUUAUUACUUGAAUUAAAACGCGAAUUUGCAUUUGAAGAUGCUUUAUACAUGUUAGAAGUAUUAUGGAGCUCUAUUCCACCAUCUCCUCCUGAUAACGAAUUGAUGCUGUAUGAAGAACAGUUCACGCCAAAUACUGCUCGACCUCAAAGUCCUAGAUUUCACAGUAGAGAAAAUCCUUAUACUAAAGUUCGCGCAAUUAGAAAACAAAAUUCAGCUUCUUCCAUUCGCGGUUUGGUAAAAGCAACAGAAGAAAGUCCACAAGAAGUGCCAUCAUUGGCACCUCCUAAAGAAAAUGACGAUUCUCAAGAAUAUUUACCUAUGACAACUUCUAUGACACGUGAAUUAAGAAUGGAACUAGAGAAUUUAAACAGACAUUUACCUGGUUCAUGUAGGCUUCUUCAGAGAUCUUUAACUGUAGAUUCAGAAGAUUUAGAUUCUCCUAGAUCUCAAGAAGGAUAUGACUUAACGAAGACGGAUCACCCAGCUCGUUUUCAGCGUCAGGCAAGUAUUGAUCAGUCUAUCGAAGAAGAUUGUAAAAGUUGGACCAGUGACGAAUUAUCAAGCGGAGAUCAAAUUUGGAAAAGUAACAAAAGACAACCAAAAUAUUUAGAAUGUACUCAGCCUAAUGGAAGUGUAGAAGAAUCCGCCGAUUCUGUGCAUUGUUGCACUCCCGAUGAACAGUGCGAUUUAGAAUUUGACGAACAAGGAAAGAUGGUUACUACAGAAAUAACUUGUAAUGGAGAGAUUUUAGAAAACGAAGAGUCAGGUUGUAGUUGCCAUCUAAAAUCUGUUAUACCAAUACGAUUAGUGCAUAGUCCCAUUACAACGGAUCAAUACAAUUGUAGGAGUGAUAGUUCUGACUCUAGUUCAGAAAAUAGUCAAACAAGGAUCGAAGAUCAGAAAGAGGUGUUUGCACCUAAUUCUAAUCAUCAGAGUGAAGGUUACGAAUCUGAAAGCUCAAAAGAAACUUCCAUUCAAGAUUUAGACAAAAAUCAAAAUGGAUUCAUCGAUUCCGGUGUUGUUCAAUCAGUUAUGACUAAUUCGUGUGAAGAAGCCCUCGAUUUUAAUACAAAAAGGCGCCCUUCAAGUCUUCGUCCUCCACAAGAACUGGGAUGCGGUAAUCCAUUUAUGCUGUUUUUAUGUUUGACGCUACUUCUACAACAUCGUGACGUAGUAGUUCGAAACUGUAUGGACUAUAACGAAUUAGCAAUGUAUUUUGAUAAAAUGGUGAGAAAACAUCAUGUUCAAAGAGUUUUAAACCAAGCUCGGGCUAUGUUUACCGAAUAUUUGCAAUUCGGUUGGCAAGAAGAUAGCUACGAAUCGUCCACCGAUCCUCAAGUCUAGAUCGUCCAUCUUCCAUUCAAGUUACGAAAUCUGUGAUAUGAUCGUCAACAGCGAUUGUUGGACUUUGUUUGAAAACAUCAUCCAAUAAAUCGGCUCGCAUAUUUUUGUAGCCAGUUAGUAAUCUUUUAUUGAAAUCAUUGUUCUGUAAAAUUUAGUUUCUCGUAAAAUUCUUGUGGGCAUUCAUCAUUUUGAUGAAAAUUUUUUCGGCAUGAUUGCAACAUGUGCAGCUAUUGAAUGACAUGUAAAUUAAGUAUGAAGAAAUUCCUAGAAAGCCCUUUAAUAUGAAAGAAAACGGAUGUUGUACAGUAAUCCAAAACCACUUAGUAACUUGAAAAGGUCGGUUUUUAAUUAUGAUAAAUUAUUUUAAAACAGUUGCUUUGGAAUGAAUUCCAAUAUCGAGUGCAGUUCAUAGUAGAGUAAUAGCUUGUAAAGUCAAACUUUAACGUAUUCAUUCUUCAUUCUCUGUUGUACGCGAUUUCAUGUGUAUCAUUUACUUUAUAUAAUUAAAAUAAUCUUGUGUAUUGUGUUGUGCGCGAAGUUAAACGAUUUUUGUGAAAAUAAAUCCUGAAAUCGUGAACGGUUUCUAAACAAAAUGUGAUGAUUUAAUC